GAAAAAACGUGUUGGUCUCUUACUCUUUUUCACUUAUUCCCGGGAACUUCCAUUAUUCCCCACGGCUAAAACCCUAUUCCGCACUGCAUAAAUACGAAACAAAAUCACUGAAAAAAAAGGAACAAAAAAGAGAACAAAUUUCGAGACAAGCAAAGCGAAUUAAAGGCAAUAUGAAUUCCAAUGCGUAUUGGCCAGAACCAGAAUAUGAGCCAGUUUCACCACAGCUCACGGGUUCGAACCCCCUCCAAGGCAAUUCACCCAAGGUCCAUGAAUUCCUAUGGCCGGAGACCCCGCAGAAGAGAAUGAAAUUCAUGGACCAGACCCCCACCCAGACACCUUCUAUUCUGCCCUCUGAUCCAUUCACCCUCGGUGCCACUGGCGCCCAAGCGCCCACGGGCCCCGCCAGGCCCGGCAGUGGUUUCCUGCAGAAGACCAGGCUGUGCACCAGGUUCCAGGCCGGGACAUGCACGUUUAACGCCAAUUGUAACUUUGCCCACGGCUUGGAGGAGCUGCGGCAGCCACCCCCGCGGGGUUUGAACCCGGGAGGAUCCUUCUCGUUGGCCGGGGCGAGGCCUGGGCCGAGACCUGUGAAGGUGAAGCAGUGUAAGUUUUUGACGGAGGCGAAUUGUCCUUAUAAGGAGCGGUGUACUUUCUUGCACCAAGGGGAACAGGGGCAGGGUCCACCUGCAAAUGGAGGCGCUCCGUUGCCGAGGACUCCCUUCUGGAAGACUAAGCUAUGCACUAUGUUCAAGGCUGGGCAGACCUGUAAUUUUGGAGAUAAGUGCCGUUACGCUCAUGGACUAGCAGAACUGCAACAGUAUGGUGGAACUUUCCAUGGUGACAGUGAAUUUGGAGUUAUGAGUGACACAAAACCUAGCAGCAACAACUUUACUGCAUCUUAUUCAGAGCCAGCAGGAUUUGGUUACGUGAAUGAUUCUUCUGCUGCAUAUGUCCCAGAUGGAAAUGUAUCAGUAUCUGGUUUUAUAUCUACUGAAGCAAGCGUGCCCCCAAAUAACACCUAUCAAGAAAUAAAGGCACACACAUAUCAAAAUCCUCAAGAGGUUGGUACUAUGAUUUCUGCAUACAAUAGAUACACUUCACCACCAAGCGAAUGGGAAAAGUCUGGCUCAAGUGUUAGGUCAGAGGUUAAUAACAGUGAGAUGUAUGGUCAAGCAACACGGCAAGGGUCUUGGGUGUCUCAUUAUCAUAUGAAUGAUUUAAAUUCUCAAAGGGAGGAGGAUCCUAGUAGUUCUAUUUACUCAAAGAGUCAAUUGCAUCAAAAGGAUACUGUGCCAUUCUUCAGAGGUGCCACAAGGAAUGAUUAUCAGGCAGAAGUGAGCGUGGGAAAGAGACAUCAUGAGGAGUUGGAUUCUGUACCUUUAAGAAAUGCAGAAGACAAUUUACAUGGCAUGCAGGGAAAGAUUGAUUAUUAUUCUCAGGGCUAUGGAUAUGAUGAUCAGCAAACUGAGCCUUACAGUUGGAGUGGGGGUUUGUAACAGCUAUAACAUUUGCCUGCAUGGUAUUCAUUCUAUACUCCCUUUUGACUCUGUUAUGAUGUAAAUGUUUUUUGAGAUCUUUAUGUCCAUUUAUCUUGCAUUAAUUCUCAUCUUCUUGGAGGAGAACAUGGCAUUUGAACUGAUACUGAGAUUGGAUACCUGGUCUGCCUAUGCAAUAUCCGUCAUACUCAUUGCUCUCCUAUUUUGCAAACUAUAAAAUUUAGGUCAUCAUAGAUUAGGUUGUCAGAUAAGAUAUCAAGGUUUUAAUGUUCUGUAAGUGCAAUAAUACAUCAAAUAAGUGCAAGUAUCUUCAUGUUAACCAAAUGUUAAAUUGGAGCAUUUUAGAGGUGCACUAUAUGCCUUGCCCAGCCAGGUAUGGGUGGGAAAUGAAUACUUCAGCGGGCAUGAUGUGUAAAUUGAGACAGAUAUUAAGUUGAAGUUUGCCUCAAUUAAUGGCUAUUUGAAGAUGGCCCAUAAAGUUGUGUUGUAUACACAGCCAAUUGUGGAUACCUUUGACUUGAGUUGACACCCAUUUUUACAUCCAUGAGGGUGCUAGCUGGCACAUUUUGAUCUAGAUAUAAUUUGGUUUUCAGAUGUGGUUUACCUA